AUGGAUGAAUCUUCUCGUCUUCCAUAUAAACUAAUAAAAGGCAACCUGCAGAAAACGACCAUUCCUGCCAAGCGCCUUGCGAGCCGAUGGGCCUUCUUGAUGCAUCCGCUGCUCAUCGGCUCUCUGAAGCCUUCCGUAUGCAUUUUGUUGUCGCGCGUGGAUAUGUUAGUAGGGGCUGGCUCCGGCAUGCGUUUACGCGGCGCACGCGCGUUUCUGUUGCGGCGACUACUGCACGAGAAGGGCGACUCAUGCCCUUGCGCUCAGUAA